AACAAACACAACUCACUCCAUCCACCAUCUCAUCAAUUCAUCCAUUCCAUCAAUCCUCAAGUCAAUCUCAAAACAAAUCCCACAAAACCCACACCCAAAAAGGCCAGAAUGGCAACAGCGGUCCAGAAAUUCAAACUAGUCUUCCAUGUCCCCCCGGCGGCACUGGAGACCGUCAAAACCGCCAUCUUCGCCGCCGGCGCAGGCCGAUACCCGGGACCAGGCAACUACACUGAAUGCUGCUGGGUGACGUCGGGGACGGGGCAGUUUCGACCGGGCGACAAGGCGAAUCCACAUAUUGGGGCUGUCGGGGAGCUCGAGAAGAUUGAGGAGCUGCGGGUUGAGACGCUGGUCGUUGGGGAGGGCGUUGUGAAAGGGGUUGUUGAGGCUUUGAAGAAGGCGCAUCCGUACGAGGAGCCGUCCUAUGGGGUUAUCCGCCUGGAGGACUUUUAAAAUGGGUGGAAUGGGUGAAGAUUGUUGGUGCUACUAUGGUGCCCUCGUGGAUUAUGCUUCUUCCUAAAGGUGCGAGGCAGGAGUCCUUGCAACAAUCCACCUGAAAACACCAGUUCUAGUUUGUUCUACCUGAUAAAUCGCAUAUGCGCGCGGUGACAGAAUGCAUCAGAUGGAAGGGAAUAAAUGCCCUGGUGGACCGGGUAGGAGAUACAGACUCUCGAUUUACUUCUCUACGAGUGAAAUGCAACGCUGCUAUCUCCAUUCUUGAAACCAACAAAGGCUGUGCGUGCGAGCGAAUUGCUCAAUUCAAAAUGAAACAGCCGUGUGGCACACUUGCUUCCCUCAUAUUUCCUGUUCGCUAGAAUCCGUCAAUCUUGAUUUCCUCCGGCUCUAUCAGCUCUCUAAAC